AUGCCUGAACAAACAGAUAAUAAUCAACCUCAUAUCUCAUUGGAUCAUGAAAAAUUACAACAACCUCCAAAAGGGUUUUUUCAACGUUGUAAACAAGAACCAAAUUUACAAGAUUUUCAAACUUACCAGAAGUUAUAUAAACAAUCAAUUGAACAACCAAAUGAAUUUUUUACUGAUCAAGCUAUUGAAAGUUUAGAUUGGUUUAAACCUUUUGAUUUAGCUAGAUUUCCUAAAAAUCCUGAAGAUGAUUUUAAAAAUGGAGAUUUACCUGCUUGGUUUAUUAAUGGUCAAUUAAAUGCUUGUUAUAAUGCUGUUGAUAGAUGGGCUAUUAAAAAUCCAAAUAAAGCUGCUAUUAUUUAUGAAUCAGAUGAACCAAAUCAAGGUAAAAUUAUAACUUAUGGAGAAUUAUUAAAAGAAGUUUCUAAAUUAGCUCAAUCUUUAACUAAAUUAGGUGUUAAAAAAGGUGAUUCUGUUGCUGUUUAUUUACCAAUGGUUCCCGAAGCUCUUGUAACUUUAUUAGCAAUUGUUAGAAUUGGUGCAGUACAUUCAGUUGUUUUUGCGGGUUUUUCAUCUGCAAGUUUAAGAGAUAGAAUUUUAGAUGCUGAUUCAAGAAUUGUUAUUACUGCUGAUGAAUCAAAAAGAGGUGGUAAAACAAUUGAAACUAAAAAAAUUGUUGAUGAUGCUUUAAAAGAAUGUCCAGAUGUUAGAAAUGUUAUUGUUUUAGAAAGAACUGGUAAUUCUCAUGUUCCAUGGGUAAAAGGUAGAGAUUUAUGGUAUCAUGAAGAAUUGGCUAAAUAUGGUUCAUAUUUCCCUCCAAUACCUGUAAACUCAGAAGAUCCAUUAUUUUUAUUAUAUACUUCAGGUUCAACUGGUAAACCAAAAGGUGUACAACAUACUACUGCUGGUUAUUUAUUAGGUGCAUUAUUAACUACAAAAUAUACUUUUGAUGUUCAUGAAGAUGAUGUAAUUUUCACUGCUGGUGAUGUUGGUUGGAUUACUGGUCAUAGUUAUGUUGUUUAUGGUCCUUUAUUAAAUGGUGCUACAACCGUUGUAUUUGAAGGUACUCCAGCUUAUCCAAAUUAUUCAAGAUAUUGGGAUAUUGUUGAUAAAUAUAAAGUUAAUCAAUUUUAUGUUGCACCAACUGCUUUAAGAUUAUUGAAAAGAGCUGGUACAAAAUUUGUUGAAUCAUAUGAUUUAUCAAGUUUAAGAGUUUUAGGUUCAGUUGGUGAACCAAUUGCUGCUGAAGUUUGGCAUUGGUAUAAUGAUAAUAUUGGUAGAGGUCAAGCUCAUAUUGUUGAUACUUAUUGGCAAACAGAAUCUGGUUCUCAUUUAUUAACUCCAUUAGCUGGCAUUACGCCAACAAAACCUGGUUCAGCUUCUCUACCAUUUUUUGGUAUUGAACCAAAAAUUUUAGACCCAACAACUGGUGAAGAAUUAACUGAAAAUAAUGUUGAAGGUGUUUUAGCAAUUAAAAAUGCAUGGCCAUCAAUAACAAGAGGUAUCUAUAAUGAUUAUAAUAGAUUUAUUGAUACAUAUUUAGCUCCAUAUAAAAAUUAUUAUUUUUCAGGUGAUGGUGCUGCAAGAGAUGCUGAUGGUUUCUUUUGGAUUUUGGGUAGAGUUGAUGAUGUUGUUAAUGUGUCUGGUCAUAGAUUGUCAACAGCAGAAAUUGAAGCUGCAUUAAUUGAACAUCCAUUAGUUGCUGAAAGUGCAGUUGUCGGUUAUGCUGACGAUUUAACUGGUCAAGCUGUUGCUGCUUAUGUUUCAUUGAAAAAGAAAGUUUUAGAAGAUUUAAAUGCUAUUAAAAAAGAAUUAAUAUUAACUGUACGUAAAGAAAUUGGUCCAUUUGCUGCACCAAAGUUAAUUUUGUUAGUUGAUGAUUUACCAAAAACAAGAUCAGGUAAAAUUAUGAGAAGAAUUCUAAGAAAAGUUUUAGCUGGCGAAGAAGAUCAAUUAGGUGAUAUUUCUACUUUAAGUGAUCCAAGUGUGGUUAAACAAAUUAUUGACGUUGUUCACGAAUCCAUUCAUUAG